GUCAGCUCGCUUGCUUAAAAUUGUCCUGCAGCGCCACGAGCCAAAGGCAAAAGAUCGCAACAUCGCAACCAUUCGAUCGUUGUUGUCCCAAAACAAUACACAACAAACAACACAAUGGCAGCUGCAAUGGAACGUAGCCGGCGCACAACAGCAGGGAAGCGCAUGGGAACAUUGGUGGGCAAGGCGCAAGAAGACGACGAAGCCUUUUGGGGUCACGACACAUGGGCGGAAGAUCCCGACAAUAGCGAGAAUGAUUCGUUUCGGUCGUCGGACGAAGAUUCCGAAGCCAAGAAGGACCAAUUUGAUUCAGAUUUCAACGACAGCGAGAGCGAUGCCGACAAGGAAGAUGCCGCGGAAGGAGCUGCCGAAGACAAGCGAUUGGCGCAAGAAGAAAAGCGUGGCGGCGGAAAGAAACGAGCCUAUGUGGAUAUCAGCAAGGCGGGCAGAGACUUGAUGGGGAAAAAGAAGGGAGUAAGAGGGAAGAAUAUUGCCAUGGGAGACGGAUUGAAUGCUGGAAUCAUUCUCAAUCUACCAGGAUAUCUUCCUCCGUUACUGCCGUAUUAUCAUGCAAGACAAACCAAUAUUGCCACAACACCUUCAUCCACGACAACGACAACUGCCACAACCACCAAAACCAAAACACCCGUGACUCCCAUUGUCAUUCCACCAGCCAUCAAAAAGCCCUCGCCGACACGACGCGCCACACGAUCGCACGGUCGCGUUCUGAGGCAUUCGACCAAACAAGCGGGCGAAGUGAGCAAAAAGGCCGCCACUCAAAAGGAAAAAGAGGCGGCCCAAAUUUCCCAAAAAGCCCUCGCCACCAAAUCCAAACACAAACGCUUAUUCGCACAAGGAGAAUUGCUCUUGGAAGCCGUUCAUGAAACGGAACCCGAAAAUACACGAUGGAUCUUGGGUCGCAAGCGCAUUAUGGAUCUGGUCGAACAAGACAACCAACGACAACUCAGUCAAGCAGCAGCGCAAGCGAGUAAAUUGGUGGAACGGUUUCAUUCGCGACGCGGCUAUUUGAAUACGGUCAAUUUUCCAGAUAUGGAUCAUGUUCCAGCCGUGCUGACACAACAACAACACACCAAAAAACAGAAUCGACCACCUCCUCCGCGGAUUUGUGUCAUUACGGGGUUGCAGGCACGGUACCGUUGUCCCUUGACGCAGCAGGGAUAUUACGAUCUCAAGGCAUUCAAAGAGUUGCGACGACGUCACAAGGCGGGAGAACCGUUGGAUCAAAACUGUCCACAACAGCAACAGCAACAGCAGCAAGCCAAAAAGAAGCAAGAAGAAACAAAACAUACCAUCCAGGCAGAGCCAAAUCAAGUCGUGAUCAUUUCCACCAAGCCACCAGUCGUCACCUCCUCGAAAACACCAAAGACAACCAAGUCGUCACCAGCCAAAGUGACCAGGCCUACAACUAGUCGAAAGAGGAACAAGUCAAAUGACACAAAGCCAAAACCAGAAACCGUGAAAUCUACCAAGACUACCAACAAGGAGGUUGCCACGAACAAAGCUACUGCCGAUAUGGCGCCACCACCACCAAAGUCCGUCGCCGUGACUGUGAAAUCGGCAUCACCAGCAAAAAAGCCCAGGCCAUCCCCCAACGCCAAGGUAGUAGCCCCAACGACACCAGCCACAGCAAAACAACCACAACAGCAACGACAACAACAAACUACUCCAAAUCUUCAGAGUCCUGCAAAGCCGGCUCCCCAGCCAGCGGCAAAGCCGGCUCCCCAACAGAACUCAGCAACAAAAAAACCGGCACCGGUAACAUCGGCUACACAGCCAACUGCGACUGCAGCUCCUUCAAAGCCAACAAUUGUCGCGACCACUAUUGCUGCUGUUGCGGGACCGAAGGCAUUGCCACCAACACAUGCAGCUGCAUCGGCACAAAAGAUAAUUGAGGCUCCAAAACAGGCACCCACAACGCCUUUGUCUGCAAUACCGGUACGGCCGAGUCCAAAAUCAUCUCCCACUGCCGCUCAGCCGGCUCCUCGAGCGAGCCCAAAGUCAUCUCCUACGCAGCCUCCGACAGCUCAUCCGGUCGCUCCAGUGCACCACCCCUACGCCAUGUACCACCCCUACGGGUACAUGCAUCCUUAUCCACACCUUCAGUAUGCCUAUCACCCUCACCAUGCUGCACAGCCACAACAGCAACCAGGACAGCCCCCUAUUCAUCCGGGAUACCCUUACCCCGUGCCAGCCAUGCAUGGAACCGUGCCUCACCCGCCAUAUCCGGGAGCGCACCUGCAUCAUACUAUGCCCUAUCCUUCAGCAGCACAAGCACCCGCAAGUGCGACGACGACGCCAGCUACGGGUGUUCCACCUGCGACAGCCGCGGCAGUGGUGGCGGCUGCAACUUCUGCCCUGGCGAAUGCCAUGACGGCGACAACCACUACUACUCCUGUUGCAGCUGUUGCGGGAAUCUCAGUGGCUGCAGCGACAGCACCGCCACCAGCGACAGCACCACCACCUGCCGCACCACUUGCCACGGCACCACCACCUGCCGCACCAGCCAAAUCACCUGCAGCACCGCCACCUGCCGCACCACUUGCCACAGCCACAACAUCUGCAGCUGCAGCCAAAUCACCUGCAGCAGCAACAGCUCCACCGUCUCCUGGAAAAUCCCCGCAACGCAAGUCGCCCCGACGGAGGAAGCCAACUGAAAAAGCUCUUCCAGCAGAGGUUGCUGUGGAGGCACCACAAAUCCCUCCUACGCAAGGCACGACUGAGAAAGGCGGUGACGCUCCAAAGUAAAGGCUUCAUGUGUUUCACUGGUUGGAUAAUUGAGGAGCAGCCAAAGAAGCUUACUUGCCCGAAGAAGCAUUGGUGGAGCCUCUCAUUGAGUUUGGCUAUCUUGACACUCGAUGUCAGUAUAGCCGUGCAGAAAGGUGUUGAAGCCUUGCACAACAAUGGUUUUUGCAUUGGAGACGCACGCGAACAACAAGCCGAGUCCUUGCACUGAGGCCUAUGUCCUACUGAGUAGUAGUCAACCCCAGGGGCCGCCAGAAUCGAAUCAGUCUGUACGAAUGACUGUUCGGUGUGGCUCACUGCUGCACUUGAAUUAGCGAGCUCUCAUUCAAGAGAAGAGAUCAGUCAGCCUAAAGAUGUUCGUUCGUCUAAUCUCGUCGGCAUCGUGCCUGAGUUCUAAACCUACCUGACACGCAAGACUGCCUGGCUUCAAAUGUACCGUAUAGUUCCCCUCUCAGGUUGGGCCAGUGUCUGGUACUAGUCUAGUACCAUGGAAACAUGACUGCCUGGAUAUGUCGAGAUCUCCGAUGAAACUCAAGGAGCGACUCAUUGGCUACCUUCCGAUUCUGACUUGACUUGUCAGUACUAGUAGUAGUCUAGCUAGCACGCAAGUUUAAAAUAGAAUGAGCCGGUUGUUUCUUUG